UGGAACUUCGUCGUAGACUUCCCCGCCGGCAACUUACGUCUACCUACUCGAUCAACUAACUCAACCUCCAAACCUCCUCAUCUUCCGCUUCAGCUUCAGCUUCACCCUCAUCUGCAGACCCCCUCCUUAUAUUCCCCAAACACCAAAAUGAAGGCCUACUGGUACGACAACAAGCCGGGCGACCAACGCCUCCCGCACGACAGCAACCGCCCGGUCACCGAAUCCUACCUGGCCACCCUGGGGGUCAUCUACCAGCACCUCCCCUCGCUCGCCGCCGUCGAUGCCCUGGCCGCGGCCCGGGGCUACAAGAACCGGGACGAGAUCACGGUGUCGCCGGCGACGAUGGGCGACGCCUACGAGACCAAGGUCAAGAGUUUCUUUCAUGAGCACCUGCACGAGGACGAGGAGAUCCGGUACAUCCGCGACGGCCGCGGGUACUUCGAUGUGCGCGGGCAGGAGGACGAGUGGGUGCGCAUCCAGCUCGAGAAGGAUGAUUUGAUUAUCUUGCCGGCCGGCAUUUAUCAUCGGUUUACGACGGAUGAGGGCGAUUAUAUCAAGGCGAUGCGGUUGUUUCAGGAGGAACCGAAGUGGACGCCGUUGAAUCGCAGUGAGGAGUUGGAUGAGAAUCCGCAUCGGGUUGGGUAUUUGGGUUCCUUGGGGAAGGCUGCUGUUGCUGCUGUUUGAAGUUCUUUGAUUCCGGGUAAGAUGGAUGGGCUGGGAUCGGGUAAUGGGUGGAGACUAGGAGGAGGAGGAGGAGGAGGUGUGGGAAGGGAUGUAUAUAACUAGGCACAUGAAAUUAUGAC